AUAGUGUUUCCCAGAAGUCUUGUACUGAAUCAUGGCACUUCGGCUACCAGCUUCUAAAGCAGCUGAAGUUGCGAUUGGAUCUAUUGGCUGCGGUUAUGAUCUAGCUAUUGAUGUAAGGUUGAAGUAUUGCAAAGGUGGUUCUAAAGAUUCAAGAUUACUUGAUAUCAAAGAAGGUGAUGACAAUUGUGAGAUUGUUUUACCUGGUGGAAUCUCCAUUCCUAAUGUUUCCAAGUCUAUUAAAUGCGAUAAAGGAGAGCGUAUGCGGUUUAGGUCCGAUAUUCUUCCUUUCCAACAGAUGGCAGAGCAGUUCAACCAGGAACUAUCUUUGGCUGGUAAAAUCCCGUCAGGUCUCUUCAAUGCGAUGUUUGAAUUCUCUAGCUGUUGGCAGAAAGAUGCAGCCUAUACCAAAGACCUUGCUUUUGAUGGGGUAUUCAUCUCAUUAUACACGGUUGCUUUGGACAAAUCUCAAGUGUUACUCCGUGAGCAUGUUAAGCAGGCUGUUCCAUCAACAUGGGACCCUGCUGCAUUGGCAAGGUUUAUAGAUAUUUAUGGGACGCAUAUAAUUGUUAGUGUUAAGAUGGGAGGAAAAGAUGUGAUUUAUGCAAAACAACAACACUCCUCAAAACUUCAGCCUGAGGAUCUGCAGAAAAGGUUAAAAGAGGUGGCAGAUAAGAGGUUCGUGGAAGCUAGCGCAGUGCAUAGUAUGGCUUCAGAAAGAGUACAAACAAGUAGUAAGGUGGAAACAAAGGAGCAACGCCUGAGAUUUGCAGAUACCAGUUCGUUGGGCUCUUAUGCAAAUAAGGAGGACAUUGUCUUCAUGUGCAAAAGGCGAGGUGGAAACGACAAUAGAAAUCUAAUGCAUAAUGAAUGGCUGCAAACAGUUCAGAUGGAGCCUGAUGUUAUCUCAAUGUCCUUUAUUCCAAUUACGUCUUUGCUCAAUGGAGUUCCAGGAAGUGGAUUCUUAAGCCAUGCCAUAAAUCUGUAUCUAAGAUAUAAGCCACCGAUUGAAGAGCUACAUCAGUUUCUAGAGUUUCAGCUACCACGGCAGUGGGCACCCGUGUUUAGUGAACUUCCUCUUGGUCCGCAACGGAAGCAACAAAGUUGUGCGUCUCUGCAAUUCAGUUUCUUCGGACCUAAGCUAUAUGUGAAUACCACUCCGGUUGAUGUUGGUAAAAGGCCUAUCACUGGCAUGCGGCUCUACCUAGAGGGUAGAAGAAGCAACCGUUUGGCAAUUCAUUUGCAACACCUUUCCUCUCUUCCCAAGAUAUAUCAGCUCGAAGACGAUCUAAAUAAAAGUGUCAGGCAGGAGGCGCAUGAUCGUCGAUACUAUGAGAAAGUAAACUGGAAGAACUACUCUCACGUCUGCACAGAACCCGUCGAAUCAGAUGAUGAUCUUUCCGUAGUAACCGGUGCGCAGCUUCAUGUAGAGAGCCACGGAUUCAAGAACGUGCUCUUCUUGCGCCUUUGUUUCUCUAGAGUUGUGGGAGCAACACUUGUAAAGAAUUCUGAAUGGGAUGAAGCGGUAGGCUUUGCUCCAAAAUCGGGACUCAUCUCAACGCUAAUAAGCCAUCACUUCACUGCAGCACAGAAACCACCACCACGACCUGCAGAUGUGAAUAUAAAUUCGGCCAUCUACCCUGGCGGACCACCAGUACCCACACAAGCUCCCAAACUUUUGAAAUUUGUGGAUACAAGUGAGAUGACGAGAGGACCGCAAGAAUCACCCGGGUAUUGGGUUGUAUCAGGUGCAAGAUUACUGGUGGAGAAAGGCAAAAUAUCAUUGAAGGUGAAGUAUUCUCUAUUUACUCCAAUAUUGGGAGAUGAAGUGAGUGAGGAACCCUAUGAAGCCACCACACUAGCCACACAGAAGACCAAAACCAGCAUGAGAGACAUUGUAUUGACGGAGGAGGUUGUGAGGAUGGAAGCUCCUCAAGGCACUCAUACAUACCAGAGAAUGAUGAGGGAUUAAACUCGGAAGAAGUUUUUGUUUACUUUUGAUGAAAACAUUGUUCCUUGUACCGGUAGUGAUGGUCAUGAAUCAGGAGAUGAUAAUGGAAGAGGGGAAGUUUCAGAUUUGUCUGGAAACCUCCAAACCACAGAUCUGACUGACAGAAUCAGAGAUGAUAUUGUAGGAGAUAGAAGUGAAAAUGAAUCUACAAGUGUUCC